AAUCCACAAUCACAAAACAUAACCAUGGCCAUCACCAAACUCUCCAUCCCAAUGCCAUGCACUGGUCCUAUUACCAUUGCCGGCAUUCUAACUCUCCAAGGAAGAUACACUAGUAGUCCAUUUUUGCGCCGUCAUGACAGUCCUCCUCUUUUAGCUACGACGACUAAAAUACGAUCUCGUACUCAUGGUGAAUUGCAUCAAAUCAUUUAUAACCAAGCAUCUCUUCCGGAGAGUGACAAGAGGGGAAAAAUCAGCACAGGGAAUAAACCUGCAGGAAAAGUGAUCAUUGGAGUUGUUGUAGGCUUGUGUGUUAUCAGUGUUAUGUCAAGAAGAUAUGAAGCACAGAUCAUGAGCCCGGUGCCAAAUUUUGGCUUCAUGAGCCAAGUCUUUGAAAAUUUUAAGUAUCCAAAACAAGAUAAAUCUCUCGCUGACUCGCUGGAAAAGCUUGAUAUGCUGAUGAGGGUGGCAAUCAACCUAUCAAAGGAUUCAUCUGACAUUGAAUUGGAAAAAGUGAGAGCAGCCUCGGGAAAAAAUUACUUAUGUGGAUUAAAAGUUGUCGACCAAUUUAUAGAGGAGGGGAAAUAUGAAGAGGCUGAGAAGGAAUGUGAGAAGGUAGAAAAAUUGAAUCCUAGCAGUAUUUUUGAUAACAGCGUUGUACUUCGAAAGUUUAUUGCAUUGGCAGGACAAGCAAAGACACAUUUGGAACAGUACAUCAUGAUCAAGGAACCCAAAAGUUUGCAAUAUUUGCAAAAAGCAACGCAAGCAAAAGGACAAUUUAAUUCCUCGAUUGACUCGGAUUGAGCAACGCAAGCAAAUACACAAAUUAAUUCAAAAAUUGACUCCGAUUGUCAAUAACGAGUUUAAGGGGGAGGACUUGAGAAAUAGUAAAAAAGAAGGCAACUAUGCAUUUUCGAAGUUUACCGACAAGAUGAAGAUGGCUGAGGAACAAUUUUAAAAUUUUGAGACGAUGGAGGAAGAGAGAAUCAACCCACCCCAAGAUGCGGAUUAACAAAUUAACCACUGAUGCACAGAAGCCCAUCACAAUUGAUGUCAUUAUCUAAAUCUGGAUUUCUUUUUAAUAUACUAUCUAAUUUAUGAGAGAAUGCUGGAAGCUUAAAAGAAAAAAAUUAUAUGUUUUCAUUAUUAUAUAUUUUAUACCAAGCAAUAUAUAUAUAUAU